AUGGCGCUAGAGCGGUCAUUAAUUAAUUCAGAGACGAAGAUCAAAGUGAGCACGACCCUCGACAAGUCAGUCGGCAAGAAGCACCUCACGGAUGGCGACCCGGGUACAUGCUGGACAUCUCAGCAAGGCACUCCGCAAUACAUCCAGCUACAGUUCCCCUGCCCGGCGGUACCCAAGCAUCUUUCCAUAACGUUCCAAGGAGGCUUCGUGGGCACAAAAUGCGCGCUAGAGGUGCAAACACAGAGCACAGCUCGGCAGAGUCAGUGGCAGCCCUUCACCCAUGUCUUCCCCGAGGAUGUGAAUCGGAAACAGACGUUCGAACUGGAGACAUUGGACGUGGUGUCGGCAGGCAUCCUAGGCCUCAAGCUAGUGUUUGAGGAGAGUUCGGAUUUCUUCGGUAGAGUAACAGUUUAUGACCUGCAAUUGCAAGGCGUCGUGUUAUAG